AUGUACCGUGAGCCGCAGGCGCUGACAGCAAUCGUCACCCAGGCCUCGCCUUCGCCUUCACCUUUGUCUCUGUCCCCAUCACGCAUCUUCGCCCAUCCCUUGUACUCCAUUUACUCACUUAAUCUGUCGUCGGUUCGCCUGGAGCAUCGGCCAGCAGCACAACUAACCGGUACCCAUCAUGGCCAAGGUGGCAGGGAUGAUAAAGACAAGAAGAAAGACAAACCCAAGUACGAACCUCCUCCACAACCUACGACGAGGAUCGGACGGAAGAAGCGCAAGCAAGCUGGACCGAACGCCGCCGCGAAGCUGCCCACGAUCUAUCCAACAGCGCGAUGCAAGCUGCGAUAUCUACGAAUGCAGAGAGUACAUGAUCAUUUACUGUUGGAGGAAGAAUUCGUCGAGAACCAGGAACGUAUACGCAAGGCCAAAUCAGCCCAGACGCCAGCCGCUGCCGCCGAGGGUGAAGCCGCCGAUCGCAAUGCAGACGAACGAAGCCGGGUAGAUGACAUGAGAGGGAGUCCGAUGGGUGUCGGCAAUUUGGAGGAGCUUAUCGACGACGACCACGCCAUCGUCUCCAGCGCCACCGGGCCCGAGUACUACGUGUCUAUCAUGUCGUUUGUCGACAAAGAUCUUCUCGAACCGGGCGCCUCCAUCCUUCUCCAUCACAAAUCGGUCUCGGUCGUUGGUGUUUUGACGGAUGAUGCGGACCCGUUGGUGUCAGUGAUGAAAUUGGACAAGGCGCCUACCGAAAGCUACGCAGAUAUUGGUGGCUUGGAGCAGCAGAUACAAGAAGUCCGCGAAGCUGUGGAAUUGCCUUUACUGCAUCCCGAGCUGUAUGAAGAGAUGGGUAUCAAACCGCCGAAAGGCGUCAUCCUGUACGGCGCGCCCGGAACUGGUAAGACUUUGCUUGCGAAGGCUGUUGCGAAUCAGACAUCCGCCACGUUCCUGCGUAUCGUCGGGUCGGAACUUAUUCAGAAAUACCUGGGUGAUGGCCCAAGGCUAGUGCGUCAACUUUUCCAGGUUGCGGCGGAAAAUGCACCCAGCAUUGUCUUCAUCGACGAAAUUGAUGCUAUUGGCACGAAGCGUUACGAGUCGACGUCGGGUGGCGAGCGGGAAAUUCAGCGAACUAUGCUGGAGCUCCUCAAUCAAUUGGAUGGCUUCGACGACAGAGGGGACGUCAAGGUUAUCAUGGCCACAAACAAAAUCGAAACCCUGGACCCUGCCUUGAUCCGACCUGGGCGUAUCGACCGCAAGAUUCUCUUCGAAAACCCGGACACCAACACCAAGAAGAAGAUUUUCACCCUCCACACCAGCAAGAUGAGCUUGGCGGACGACGUCGACCUGGACGAGUUCAUUGCUCAGAAAGAUGACCUCAGCGGAGCGGACAUCAAAGCCAUUUGUUCCGAGGCUGGGUUGCGAGCACUCCGAGAGAGGAGGAUGCGUGUCAACAUGGCCGAUUUCCGGAGUGCGAAGGAGAGCGUCAUGAAGACCAAGAAUGAGGGUGAACCUGAAGGCCUGUACCUGUAA